AUGAAUUGCCAAACAACCUUUUAUAAUAUAGUAUUAAAUAUAAUUAAUACCGUGUUGUCGUUAUUGGGUGUCGGACUAAUAGCGCUAUCGGUUUACGAAUUGAAUAUUUCGACACCGGGCACAUUCGAACACAUCGCUGUGAUAAUACAAAUAUUUAUCGGUUCAUUUCUUAUACUUACAUCAUUCUUGGGUUGUUUUGGUGCAUGUCGUGAAUCGUUGGGCCUUAUCUGGAGUUAUGGGCUGUGUGUCGUAUUUCUAUUGACUUUUCAAAUUUACAUCCUUGUGGUUGCACACACCACCGAUUAUAAACGAAAUGCCACCGAUGACCUCAUUAAGCUCUGGCAAAAUUUUCCAGUUAACGUGGAGCGUAUAGCGGAGCUUGAGCAAAAUUACAAUUGUUGUGGAAAAAAUUCAACGCAAGAUUAUAUUUCGAUGGGGAAGUUUAUACCGCAAAGUUGUUAUCAAAACUAUGAGAGAAUUGAUUCAAAACGUUAUACAAAAAGUUGUCUCGAGGCCGUGCAAGAAAAUGCUGCUAAAAGCGCACAUAUCGGAUCCUCCGUAAAAUGGACUUUAUUCCUUUUUGAAGUUUUAGCCUUGGGAAUAGCUUCAUUACUGGGCAUAAACUUGCGUAACGAACGCCGAAGACGGCUUUUCGAAAAUUAG